AUGCUGCGCUCGGCGGUCAACUGUGUCCUAGUGGUCAUUGCUAUUUGUGACAUUAUAACGAUGAGUUCAUAUCUCCUCUAUAUCAUCAAGUUUGAAUUUGCUGCCCAGUCUCCUAGCUAUGGAGUCAGGACCAUCAGGUUUCAGCUACAACUGGGUGGCGAUGCUCAAGAUGCACGCCGUUGCAACAAUUGCGCUGCAUGGUAUCACGCUGUAUUGUUGCGUAACAUUAGCUAUAAUUCGAUGGAGCGCCCUGGCCAAAUCGAGGAGCACUUGGUUGCAGCCAAACACAUCCUGGAAGCGGCGCCAAAUCGCUUAGGGAAAAUGCAAAUCGAUGAUAACGGCAAUCUUCCCGAAGAAAACCGCACUUUGGACAAGAAGAUGGAAAAGAAUUAUAUAUGGCCUAGAAAAAGGAUUUUUAUAUCACAUACGAUCGCAUUCAGCAGCAAUUUGCUCCAAUCACAGCAAAAGUUGGUGGAGGCCCCGUCGUUCUCGCGGUUAGCCCACUCAUCACACAAAUUCUAG